CAUUCAAAGCUCUAAAACAACAAAAACAUAUAUACCUCAUUAAAAAGGUUUCUCUCUCUAAUAUAUUUAUUUAUUUAUUUCUCUUUUCCCUUUUUUCUCCUUGUGUUGCCCACAAAACCAUAAUAUUUAUUAUCUCUACUAGUCUACUAUUGCAUCUUCAAGCCUACCAAUCUCUUCACACAAAGCAAGAAAGAAACUAGGAUAGAAAUAUAGAUAGAGAAAACUAUGUGCAACCCAAAGCCUUCUUCUCCAUCCUCCUUUGUCUCCAAUGAAAAAGUCCAUUUUGCGAACUCAAACAAACCAAUUGAUGUUCAAGUUGAUGAUGAAGAAGAACAACUUCAUAAAUGGCCAACCCCAUCUGAGGCUUUUGAAGAAAUGAAAGAAAUAGGUAAGAUUGCUGGACCAACAGCAAUAACAGGGCUGGUACUUUAUUCAAGAUCCAUGAUCUCCAUGCUAUUUCUUGGAUAUUUAGGUGAACUUGAGCUAGCAGGAGGGUCUCUUUCUAUUGGUUUUGCUAAUAUAACUGGUUACUCUGUCAUCUCUGGUUUAGCAAUGGGAAUGGAACCAAUUUGUGGACAAGCUUAUGGUGCUAAACAAAUGAAACUUCUUGGAAUCACCCUUCAAAGAACAGUACUUCUUUUACUUUCAACUUCAAUCCCUAUCUCUUUCAUGUGGCUAAACAUGAAAAGAAUACUUUUAUGGUGUGGUCAAGAUGAAGAUAUUUCAAAUAUGGCCCAUACUUUCAUUGUCUUUGCAAUUCCUGACCUUUUUUUCCUAUCUUUACUUCAUCCUCUUAGGAUUUAUCUUAGGACACAAAAUAUUACAUUGCCUUUAACUUAUUGUUCUGCUAUUUCUGUACUACUACAUGUCCCACUCAACUUCCUCCUCGUGCGAUAUUGUGAUUUGGGUAUCGCUGGUGUUGCUCUAGCUAUGGUCUUAACUAAUUUGAACUUUUUUCUCUUGCUCUGCUCCUUUGUUUACUUUUCCGGUGUAUAUAAGGAUUCUUGGGUUGCCCCGAGCAUGGAUUGUGUUCGGGGCUGGUCCUCAUUGCUGGCGUUGGCGAUUCCAACGUGUGUUUCUGUUUGUCUAGAGUGGUGGUGGUAUGAGUUUAUGAUAUUGUUAUGUGGACUAUUGGCUAAUCCUAAAGCAACAAUUGCUUCUAUGGGGAUAUUAAUCCAAACUACUUCUUUAGUCUACGUCUUCCCAUCUUCCCUAAGCCUUGGUGUUUCAACUCGAGUUGGGAAUGAGCUUGGUGCUAACCGGCCUGGUAGGGCCCGGAUAUCGAUGAUUGUUUCCCUUUUUUGUGCAAUGGCAUUGGGAUUAGGGGCAAUGUUGUUUACAACUUUGAUGAGGCAUAAAUGGGGUGGAUUUUUUACUAAGGAUGUUGAGAUACUUAAGUUGACUUCAAUUGCAUUGCCAAUUGUAGGGCUUUGUGAAUUGGGAAAUUGUCCACAAACAACAGGUUGUGGUGUGUUGAGAGGAAGUGCAAGGCCUACAAUUGGUGCAAAUAUUAAUUUGGGCUCAUUUUAUUUUGUUGGAAUGCCAGUAGCUAUACUUGUUGGAUUUCUAUUGAAAAAGGGGUUUGGUGGAUUAUGGAUUGGGUUACUUGCAGCACAGGCCUCAUGUGCAAUACUAAUGCUUUAUGUAUUGUGCAAAACUGAUUGGAAAGUUCAAGUUGAAAGGUCAAAACAGUUAACACAAUCAACUUCUACUUCUUUGCCAGUGACAAUGCCUAAUUUGGACAAGAAAAAGAAGAAAAAAAAGAGUAAUAAUAAUAAUAGUAAUAAUCUUGAAGAGAUUUUGUGCAAUAAAGAGGAAGAUGAUUUGAUGAAAUCAGCAGCUGCUUCACUUGAUACAGACCCUCUCAUACCUUCCACUACUUAAUUAAUUCAGAGAUUAUUGUGCAUUGAUUGGAUUAACUCUCUUCAUUUUCAUUUUUAUUUUUUUUUGGGUCCCUCUAAUACCCUUUGAUGGGUUGAUGUGAAAAAUUGUUCAUUGGGAUUUUAUAGACUAAUCAUGUA